AUGAAGUCUGAUUUCAAGUUUUCAAACUUGCUUGGGACUGUAUACCGUAGAGGAAAUGUGCUUUUUUCUAGAGACGGCACGCAAUUACUAUCUCCGGUAGGCAAUAGGGUAUCAGUUUUCGACCUCAUUAACAAUAAGUCAUUUACAUUUGAGUAUGAGCACAGGAAGAACAUCGCUUGCAUCGACCUCAACCCCCAAGGAACUUUGCUUUUAUCUGUCGAUGAAGAUGGCCGAGCAAUUCUGGUCAAUUUUAAAGCGAGAACCGUCCUACACCAUUUUAACUUUAAAGAAAAAGUAUCUGAUCUUAAAUUCUCUCCCGACGGAAAGCUAUUUGCCCUCGCAUGUGGCCGAUUUCUGCAGAUUUGGAAGACUCCAAGUGUAACUGAAGAUAGACAGUUUGCUCCUUUCGUUCGUUAUCGCGUGCAUGCCGGUCAUUUUGCCAAUAUUAUCUCACUUACCUGGUCGAGAGACUCGCGCUUUUUGAUCUCCACCUCCAAGGAUCUCACCGCUCGCAUAUGGUCCAUUGAUUCCGAUGAAAAAAAUUUGGCUUCAAUGACAUUUGCAGGCCAUAGAGACUAUGUGAUGGGCGCAUUCUUUUCACAAGAUCAAGAACAAAUAUACACUGUUAGCAAAGACGGUGCACUUUUCCAAUGGGAGUACACCGCAAAAGAUUCCGAUCUACUUGAAGAUGGCGAAGAACCUGACCCUUCAACCUUCAGUUGGCGUAUAACCAAGAAGAAUUACUUUUAUGCUUCUCAAGCAAAAGUGAAGUGUGCAACAUUCCAUGCGUCUUCGAAUAUAUUGAUUGUGGGAUUUACUAAUGGUGAAUUCAGAUUGUAUGAAUUGCCUCAUUUCACGCUAAUUCAGCAACUAACUAUGGGCCAAAACGCAGUCAACACUGUUUCUGUCAACCACUCUGGCGAAUGGUUAGCAUUCGGUUCAAGCAAACUUGGACAACUGCUGGUAUAUGAAUGGCAAUCAGAGUCUUAUAUCCUAAAACAACAGGGCCACUUCGAUUCUGCGAAUGCCUUGGCAUAUUCUCCAGAUGGUUCCCGAGUAGUGACAGCGUCUGAAGAUGGUAGGAUCAAGUUAUGGGAUGUGAUAUCGGGUUUUUGUUUGGUCACUUUUAAGGAACACACGUCUGCUGUAACAGCAGUGCAAUUUGCCAAAAGAGGACAGCUAUUAUUCUCUUCAUCACUCGAUGGGACUGUAAGAGUGUGGGAUUUAAUUAGAUACCGUAACUUCAGAACAUUCACCGCAGCAGAAAGGAUACCAUUCAAUUGUCUGGCUGCCGAUCCUACCGGUGAAGUUGUCUGUGCUGGAUCUGUUGACAGUUUUGACAUACAUGUGUGGUCUGUCCAAACGGGUCAAUUGGUGGAAACUUUGUCUGGUCAUGAGGGACCGGUAUCUUGUCUCUCCUUCAGUUCAGAAAACAGCGUUUUGGCUUCUGCAUCUUGGGAUAAAACCAUCAGAAUAUGGUCUAUUUUCAGUAGAUCUCAACAGGUCGAGCCUCUAGAACUUUACUCUGAUGUAUUAUCAAUUUCCAUGCGACCAGAUGGUAAAGAGGUCGCAGCGUCGACGCUUGACGGUCAAAUUCUAUUAUUUAACAUCGAGGAUGGGAAGCAGGUUGGUUUGAUAGAUUGCAAAAAGGAUAUUAUUGCGGGAAGACAUUUGGAAGAUAGGUUCACAGCCAAGAAUUCUGCCAGAUCAAAGUUUUUCACCACUAUCAAUUAUAGCUUUGAUGGCCUUUCAAUUGUUGCAGGUGGUAACAAUAAUUCUAUCUGCUUGUAUGAUGUUCCUAAUGAAGUUCUUUUGAAAAGGUUCAUAGUGUCUAGAAACAUGUCCCUGAAUGGUACAAUGGAAUUUUUGAACAGCAGCAAAAUGACAGAAGCGGGAUCUUUAGAUUUGAUUGAUCGCGAUGCUGAAAAUUCAGAUUUGGAAGAUCGUAUCGAUAACACACUCCCUGGUUCUAGGAGGGGAGGAGACUUAUCAACCAGAAGAGUUAGACCUGAAAUCAGAGUUACAUCUUUGCAAUUCUCUCCUACGGCCCACGCUUUUGCUGCAGCUUCUACUGAGGGGCUGUUGAUAUACUCAGUAGAUGACACCCUUAUUUUUGAUCCGUUUGACUUGGAUAUGGAUGUGACGCCACAAGCAGUUUUAGAAGCUCUUAAGGAAGAAGAGCAUUUGAGUGCUUUGAUUAUGGCCUUUAGGCUUAACGAAGAAUAUCUCAUCAAUCAAGUCUACGAGGCAGUGCCAUUGAAAGAUAUUUCCUUGGUGAGCAGCAGCAUACCCUCUGUCUAUGUGCCAAGGCUACUCAAAUUCAUAGGUGACUUUGCAAUGGAAUCUCAGCACAUAGAAUUCAAUUUGAUCUGGAUAAAAGCUUUGGUUUCCAGCCAUGGCAAGUACAUUGCCAAUCAUAAACAUGAAUUUGCUAGUGCGUUGAGAGCUGUGCAACGUUUCAUUGUUAGAGUUUCAAAAGAAGUGGUUUCAGCUGCUAAUGAUAACAAGUAUGCCUACUAUUUCUUGACCUCUACUGAUGGCAGCAUCGAGAAAGAAGACUCUGAUCCAGAGAUAGCUGAUUCUGAUGGUGAGCUGCAGGCUUCUGAGGAGGAUGAAGUAAUGGACAUUUCUGACGAGGAGGAAGGAUGGAUAGGCUUCACCGAAAAAAAGGACAACCUACCGCUGAAUGAAGAUCAAGAUUCUGAUGAAGAAUUGCUCUAG